AUGGAAAACCAAUAUAAUGUAUCUUCUCCUGUUUACACCAUAUUUCCCUCAGAUACUUCCCCUAAUCAAUUACAUUCUUCUGACACGAUAAUAUCUACGAAUUCUUGCACGGGAAGUUUUAUGUUACCUAGCCCAAAAUAUACUGGUGUUAAACAACCUAAUGCGUUUCGAAACACUCAACAAUCAUUACUGAUACAACCACAAGACGCCGCUGCGUCCUUAUUUUACUCUCCACAUAUAGCAUCAGUACAACCAAUACCUUUAUCUGUAGAUAUAUCGAAUCAACAAUUUUCUUCGUCCAUUUUUUAUCCGCUAAACGGGUUCAAAGUUGAGUGUUCUAAUAAUCUUAAUGAUUCAAUGGCUGUCACACAAGAAGAUGCUAUCGAUUCCAAAGUUCAUUUUGUAUCAACUACCAAUCCUUAUGAUAGUAGCUAUCCGCCGACGCCAACUACUCCUCGUAAUGAAUCUUUUUUUCCGAUGACUCCUCCAAUUGAAACAAAUCCAGCUAUUUAUUAUGAUCGAGGACAAUAUUUCCUUCAUUUCGCAAAACCUCGUGAUCCAUUUCAAGCGUUUAAAAAUUUUAUAAUUGCUACGAAUUUAGGUUCGCAGCAAGCCAAGCAUCAGGUUGCAUAUUGCUUGCAACACGGCAUUGGCGUAGAAAAAGAUGAAAAAAAAGCCAUCGAAAUUUAUUUAGAAAAUGCCAAUUCAGAUCCUCCAAUUGCUGCCAGUUUAUGUCAAUUAGGAAUUUGUUUUCAGAUGGGUAUUGGCGUUGAAGUAGAUCCUUCGCGUGCUGUUAAAUAUUAUGAACGCGCUGUCCAUAUUGGAAAUUUGGACGCAAUGUUCAACCUUGCUUACUGUCUUCGUCGCGGCAUUGGCACGCCUGUUGAUUAUCAGCAUGCCUAUAAUCUUUAUCUACGUCUUGCGGAGUUAGGUGACCCGCAAGGUAUGAAAUUCGCCGGAAAUUGUUAUUCUGCUGGAAUUGGUACUCUUAAAAACGAGGCCGAAGCUACCAAAUGGUUUCACCGGUCAAGCGAGUGCGAUCACUAUUGGGGUGGUAAAAUGGAAUAUGCGUUAUUACUUUACGAAAGUGCCAUGUCUGCUAUUGAACUUGGCCAUGUUCCCUUCGAUUUUAGUGCCUCUAACUUUAUGGAAGCUUAUCGCUUGAUACGCGAAGUAUGCGAAAAUUUCCCAUCUUCUCCUGGUCCUAAUAAACUAAUUCUGGGUAAAUUUUAUCAUUUUGGCAUCGGAUGUCAAAAAGAUUUUCAAAAAGCCUUGCAUUGGUACGAAAAGGCUUUAAAUAGCUACUUUAUGUCCCCUCAAUUAAUACAAGAAUGUGAAUCAUUGAUUAAUGAUAUCCAUCAGAUCUUUGAUACUUCGUUAUCGACAGCCAUUAAAAAUGAAAUAUUAAUAGGAGGGUUUUGA